AUGUACGAGAACACCCAUAGACGGUAUCAUGUUGGGUUUGCACCACUACAAGUAUGGUUCUAUAUCCAUAAUCAUCAGAGCAUCUGGGAAGCUCGAUGCGGUCGGCUGAAGAGACCUUGGAUCAACACGGCUACUCUCCCAAGGUUUGCAUCUCAGGAAUUCAGGGCUGUUACUGUUGAUUUGAUCAGACCUCCAGAGCAAUGUAUUGCGUGUACCCCACCCUGGAGUUCAUCUUAA